GCUAGAAAAGGUGCCCUAAACAUUGUUUGCUUCACAGAACCCUGGCCAGCUUACCGCGGCUGGAGGGGAUCCCAUCUUAUGCGGUCGAACAACAAAACUUCAAAUAAUAAAACAUAAGAUGACACCACUCACUAUUGGUACAUGGAACGUACGCACACUUCAAGACAACCCCUCAGCAGAUCGACCAGAAAGAAGAACAGCCCUGGUCGCCAGAGAGCUCGCAAGAUUUAACAUCGAUAUUGCGGCCCUGUGUGAAACUCGUCUAGCCAACGAAGGUCAGCUCACAGGAAUAGGAGGUGGUUACACAUUCUUCUGGUGUGGACGCAGCAGUGACGAACGUCGUGAAUCUGGAGUUGGCUUUGCGGUUAAGAAUCAUCUUGUCCGCAAACUUGCCAGUCUUCCGAAGGGCGUGAACGAUCGAUUCAUGACACUGCAUCUUCCACUACCGAGAGGAAAGCAAGCUAUACUAAUUAGCGCUUACACACCCACAAUGACGAAUCUGGAUGAAGUAAAGGACAAGUUUUAUGAAGAUCUCGAUGCCCUACUUUCAUCCGUGAAGCGCACCAACAGGCUGAUUCUACUUGGCGAUUUUAACGCGAGAGUAGGAUCUGAUCACUCUGCCUGGGAUGGCGUCACUGGAAAAAAUGGAAUCGGCAAAUGCAACAGCAAUGGCCUACUACUACUGAAGACAUGUGCGGCUCAUGAUCUAAUCAUCACCAAUACCAUCUUCCGCCUGCCCACUCGCAAAAAGACGUCCUGGAUGCACCCACGCUCCAAACACUGGCAUCUCAUUGAUUAUGUCAUUGUGCGGAGGAAAGACAGACAGGAUGUAAGGGUGACCAAGGCCAUGCCGAGUGCUGACUGUUGGACUGAUCAUAGACUCAUCUCCAAAUUAAGCCUUUACAUCAAGCCAAAGAGACGUCCGCAGGGAAACAAAGCUGUGAUGAAAAAGAUCAACAUCAGUAAACUGAGGAACCCCAAUACAGCAGCUUCACUGGCAGAAGAUCUUGACAACCAACUCUCAGAGCUGCAAUUAGAGGAAAAUGCUGAGGACUGGGAACGCUUCUGGAAUAUUGUGCACUUUUCUGCACUAAAGGUUCUUGGACUCUCACACAGGAAACAGGAGGACUGGUUUGAUGAAAACGAUGAAGAGAUCAAGGCCUUACUUGCUGAAAAGCACCGCCUUCACCGUGCUCAUCAGAACAACCCGUCGUCAACAAAGAGGAAAGGAAAUCGAAAAGUCUUUGAUAAUCAUAGAGGAAUAUCACUGCUUUCUAGCGCAGGUAAGAUCCUUGCACGAGUGUUGCUGAAUCGCCUGAUUGGCCACCUGGAACAGGGUCUACUACCUGAGACACAGUGCGGCUUCCGCAAAGAGCGUGGCACUGUGGACAUGAUCUUUGCAGUCCGACAGCUCCAAGAGAAGUGUCAAGAGCAGAAUCGUGAACUGUACACCAUCUUCGUGGAUCUUACCAAGGCUUUUGACAAUGUCAGUCGUGAAGGUCUGUGGCGCAUCAUGUCAAAGUUUGGGUGCCCUGACAGAUUCAUCCUGAUGGUACGUCAGUUCCACGACAGCAUGACGGCUCGUGUUCUGGACGACAGAGAAGCUUCAGAGGCCUUUCCCGUCACAAACGGCGUCAAGCAAGGGUGUGUGCUGGCACCAACCCUGUUCAGCAUAAUGUUUUCAGCUAUGCUGUCAGACGCCUUUCAGAACAGUUCCUUGGGAGUCAGCCUGAGAUACAGGACUGAUGGGAAACUGUUCAACCUGCGAAGACUCCAGGCUGUCACCAAGAUAAAGGAGACUGUGUUACGAGACCUCCUUUUUGCUGACGACUGUGCCCUGAAUGCUGGAUCAGAGCAAGAAAUGCAAGCCAGCAUGGACAAAUUCGCAGCAGCAUGCGACAACUUCGGCCUCCUCAUCAACAUAAAGAAAACCGAAGUGAUGCACCAGCCAGCUCCGAAAGCCCAACACCAAGAGCCCACCAUCACAGUGAAGGGACAAAAGCUGCAAGCAGUGGACCAAUUUGCAUACCUUGGCAGCACCCUCUCCCGUGCAGUGACAAUUGACAUCGAGGUCAACUGCAGAAUCGCCAAGGCAAGUUCUGCAUUCGGCGGACUGCUGACUAACGUGUGGGACCGCCGUGGAAUAAGCCUUGCUACAAAGCUUAAAGUCUACAGAGCAGUAGUGCUAACUACCCUGAUGUAUGCCAGUGAGACUUGCACUGUAUACAGGAGGCACGCUAGGCAACUGAAUCACUUCCACACGACUUGCCUCCGCAGACUUCUGAGGAUCCGGUGGCAGGAUAAGGUGCCAGAGACAGAAGUCCUCUCCAGAGCAGGCCUGCUGUCGGUUCAUACUCUGCUUAUGAAAGCCCAGAUACGCUGGGCAGGCCACGUUGUAAGGAUGCCAGACAACCGCAUCCCCAAACAG